AUGGAACGUCAUAGAGUUGUCGUUGCUGGAUUCACUAGCCGAGUGGCUCAACUCAUAACCGCCAGCCUUCUGGAACACGAAGGCAUCGAGAUUACAGGAAUCUGCCGAGACAAGACAAAAGUGCCGAGUCUGGUAUCACAAAAUCCCAACGUCACAGUUGUGGAAGCAGAAUACAAUGACAAGGCUAGACUUGGGGGUGCUCUUCAAGGUGCCUCGGUGUGUGUGUGCUGCUACUUUGGACCGGAAGAUUUGAUGCUACAUGGACAAAUGAUCCUCAUAGAUUCUUGCAUUGCUGAGAAUGUGCCACGGUAUAUUGCAUCGGACUUUUCUUUCGACUACAGAGGUCUAAAGCAUGGUGACUUUCCAUUCAAGGAUUCUCAACUCGAGAUCCACGACUACUUGGCAAGGAGAGAGCGCCAGGGACGAAUCACAGCUGUUCAUGUCCUCAACGGUGGCUUUUUUGAGGCUGUCUUGUUUCCAUUUAUGGGAGCACUGGACGUCACAGCCAGAAAGAUUCGAUACUGGGGUACUGGAGACGAGCCAUGGGACAUGACCUCCAUGCAAGACACUGCUAGAUUUGCGGCAAAAGUGAUUCUCGACCAGCAGGCGACAGGUGUAUUGAAUGUACGUGGUGCCAGAAAGUCGCUCAGGGAGAUUGCGGGUGUUCUGGAACAUGUCUAUGGUUCCAAGUUCACGCUUGAGAAUUUGGGUACAAUUCAAGACCUCCACGAGAAGAUGAGUUCGGCCAGAGAAGCCUUUCCUGAUGACGUGGGGCAGUGGCUUGGGUUGCAUUACAACUAUUUCACGAUUAACGGCUCAACCUUGUUACGAGGUUACGACAACGACAGAUACCCUGAUGUAAGGGUUCAGAGCCUAGAGACUUUUUGUCGUCAACACUCUCUAGAGCAAUUACCCACGCUGUUCAGAUAG